GGAAGCAGCAUACAAAUUAAAUAGUACAGCCGUACUUCAAUGUUCUCUGUCCGUUCUCUUACUGUCAGAGUUGCACAUUUCUACCAAGGCUUUUUUGUCACUUCAUUGCACACCUCAACUGCAAAGAUGGUUACUGAAAAGUGUUUGGCCAAAGGAAGUGCUGCACCAGGUCCGGUGCCCCAAGACAAAAUCAGAAUUUACAGCAUGAGAUUCUGCCCUUUUGCCCAGAGGACUAGAUUAGUGCUUGUGGCCAAAGGAAUCAACCAUGAGACCGUCAACAUAAACCUGAAAGAGAAACCUGACUGGUUCCUGGCGAAGAACCCCCUCGGUCUCGUCCCAGUACUGGAGACGUCUGCUGGAGAGAUCACCUAUGAGUCUCCCAUCACCUGUGACUACCUGGAUGAAGUUUAUGCUGGGAAGAAGCUGCUUCCUUCCUCUCCUUAUGGCAAAGCUCAACAGAAGAUGAUGCUGGAGCACUUUUCCAAGGUGACACCAUACUUCUACAGGAUCCCAAUGGGGAGAAGGAACGGCGAUGAUGUCUCAGGCCUGGAAACUGAACUGAAAGAGAAGUUUGGCAAACUCAAUGAGGAUCUGGUUAAAAAGAAGUCAAAGUUCUUUGGUGGGGAUUCCAUCACUAUGAUCGACUACAUGAUGUGGCCGUGGUUUGAGAGGCUGGAGGCCCUUCGACUGGAACACUGCAUGGCCGGCACUCCUGAGCUGAAGAAGUGGACAGAGCGCAUGUGGGAGGACCCAGCUGUCAAAGCCUGCAUGUUUAGUACAGAUGUCUACAGGGUCUUCAUGGAGUCCUACGCCGCCGGGAAACCCGACUAUGACUAUGGCCUGUAGAAAGUUCUGACCAAAGCCGAAACCGUCCAUUUAUGAUCAUAUCUUUAUUUUUUUUUUCAACUUUGAUGUAAUAACAGUUCCAAAGAGUAAAAAUGUUUCCUCAUUGUACAUUUUUGAGGUGUUGUGUUAUCAGAGGAAAAAAUGGAAUCUCUAUAAUGGCAAUGACACACAAUAAUCGCUUGUUGUCAUGGUGACACUGUGCUGGCUGCUAUAUCUCGCAAUGGGAAAUCCUUAAAUAUGUAGAUCCAGAUUUAAGCUGCAUCACUGCCAAAAUCUAAUCAGGUGGUCCUUUUGUCAUUGUUGACCUUCCCUGAAAAUUUCAUCCAAAUCUGUUGGUCUGUUUUUUUGUUUUUUUUUAAUAAUGUUGCACACAGACAGACAUAUUUACGGACAAACGUACGCUGAUCGUCACAUAACUCCGCUGCGUUCCUUGGCGGAGUAAUGACAUACAAUAAUCACUUAACUCAGGGUGUUUUCAAUAAUCCAAAAUGUCGCUGAAAAUAAAAUCUGUCCAUGCAAUGACUCUGA